AGCAUUUGUUUGUGUUCCUGAUUAGAGCUAGUGAUUAGACUAUUGCCGCUGAAUAAAGUAGACGUCGAAGAAGAAUGGACCAAAUUGCAUCGUAUGAUUGUUGAUCCUUUGAGAAAUUAUUUAGUUGUCACCUUGGUAUGAGUCAUAAAAAYAUGCGUUCACAAUAUGAGUAUAAAUACAGGUUGCUUAUCAUGUCCCAAUGCAACUAGAACAUUGGCUUUAGAAAAAUGGAAGGCGAAAGAAACAUAUUUUUAGAGGCGGCACUAAAAGGGACGCCCGUUAUUACCAAUCCAAAGGAAUAUGACGAAAUGAAACUGAAAAGGAGUAGCUCAUCUGAAGCAAGAAACAAGAGAAAAGAAUCCAGUACGAGAAGUGCUGAAGAAACGGCACCAAAUUUAAGCAAAAUGUUGGAACUUGCCAUAGUAAAAGAAGCUAUACAUAACGUUGGACAGCUGCCUUCCAGAGUGUUACGGUAUGUUCAGCUUAUGGCAAACAAACUUGGACACAUCUGUAGGAAAAACUGGAUGCCCCACAAGAGAAGCAGCAAGAAGAAGAAUACUCCGGAGAAUGAAAGAAACAGGAGAACUAAAGGAUGAAAAGUCGUGUACUACAGCAUCAAAUUCCGACAGUAAACUGCCGCCAAAUAGCAAGGUUGUCGAGCCAGAGCACUUGUACCGAGGUAAUUCCGAAGAAGAAAGCAAGGACAAGGAGAGCGACUGCAAUAAAUUUGGCAGGGAUGGUCUAUUUCUGUUAUCAAAAGGAAAAAGAAAGGCUAAAGAAGUAGUCGAGUGGGUCAAACGAAAGGGGCAACAAGAAAAAGAGAAAAUAGUUGAUCCUUUUGAUGACAGCGAUGGGGAUCAUAAAAAUGAAGUAAAACAGAAGAGAUCAAAGAGGAAGAAAAAGGCCGACCAAAUCGACGAUUUGAUGUCAUUAAUGCCCGCGAUGACGAAUGCUGUAACAAGGGCUGCUCUUGCCCACGAGAAGGCUGUGAAAAAGUGGCAAUGUAUUUCAGAUACGGAGUAAAUUUUGUCAGGAGAUAUUUAUUGCAUUAGACGGAUAAUAAAUGCUUUUCUUUACUUGUGUUUUAGUCUAUCUUUCCUUUAAUAUUAACUUGGAACUGAACUUGAUAACACGAUUAAUUAAAACUGUACAAAUGUUGAAAGCGUAAAGGUGUUAAAUCGAGAGUAACGUSAUACCUUAGUGCAUGAAUAACAAUACAUUCCCUAAAGUGGUACUGCAAAGUGCAUGAGACAYUUGACCUAAAAAUAAAAGGUCUAC